AUGGCUCCCGAGGUGUUCUUUAGCGUUUGCUAUGGUGAUAGACAGCCACCACAAGUAAUUCAAGACCUUCACACGUUUACGCCUGCUAUUCUAGAUGGCUACUGUCGCCACAGAGUCCAGUCCGAAGACUACCCAGCCAUCAUUGCCGAGGACGGUCACUGCGUGCGGGGCGUGUACGCGACUGGACUGACAGAGGCCAAUUUACAAAAGCUGGAUAUCUUUGAAGGAAAUGAGUAUGAGCGGAUUGACACCAAGGUCAGGCUGCUGAAGAAGGAGGGCGAGAAGGAAGUUGACGGAGAGAUCAAGGAGGCAUCCGUCUAUGUGUUCCUGAACCCCGACGCGCUGGAAAAGCGCGAGUGGGAUUUUGAAGAGUUCCGCCAAAACAAAAUGAAGCUAUGGACACGAGGAGACUGGGUAUUUCCUGAUGAUAAUCGGACGACGAAUGCAGUCGGCGCUUAA